CGUAAACUGAGGAAAAACUGUAAUGUACAAGACACGACCAAAUCCUGUCUUAUCAAGUUCCGCAAAGAAGAGCAGUUUACAGACGCAUAACCUCAUACAGUCUAGAUAUCUCUCCAUGUCGAUGAGAACUUUAAACCAAGCAUCCUAAGGCGAAUUGAAUAGAAGAAGAACUAGAAGCCCUAUAACAGAUGGUAUGGCCACCACAGUGCCCGGAUCUCAUCAUCAUUGAGUCAGUCUUGGAUUACAUGAAGAAACAGAAGCAACUGAGACAGCCUACAUUUUGCUGUUUUGAAGGCAAAGCAUCAUAGGAUGUUGAUAUACAAAGAAGCAAGCAUCAGUGGCCCAUGGAUACUCUGGUUCAUUUGCACCCUUCUCUCACUUCUUCAUGGAGUAAUAUCUGAAACCAGCAGAGCACUGGAUAUUAUGACAAAAUAUCCACUAAUCGAUGGUCACAAUGACCUGGCGCUGCGUCUGCGAAUACAGUAUAAAAACAAACUGAGUCAACUCAAUCCGCACAAUAUUCCUAAAUUGGCUACAGAUAUCACUCGCCUCACUGCUGGUCAUGUUGGAGGACAGAUCUUUGCAGCAUAUGUGUUAUGUACGGCUCAGGACAAGGAUGCUGUCAGACUGACUAUGGAACAGAUUGAUGUCAUUCGUCGUCUGUGUACUGAAAACCAAGAGUUGGAACUGGUCACGACAGCUGGAGGAAUGAGAAACAGUGCAAAAAUUGCAUGUCUAAUCAGUGUGGAGGGAGGUCACUCCAUUGACAGCAGUUUACCAGCACUGCGCAUGUUCUACCAGCUUGGAGUAAGAUCCAUGACCCUUACACACACCUGCAACACACCGUGGGCUGAGAGCUCAUCUAGACUUUACCCAUAUUACCAGCGGAAGAAAAAUAGCCUGACAGAAUUUGGGAAGGCAGUGGUGAAUGAAAUGAACAGGUUAGGAAUGCUGAUUGAUCUGUCCCAUACAUCAUGGGAGACAGCCAGAGCAGUGCUGAAGCAUUCUACAGCUCCAGUUAUUUUCAGCCACUCCUCAGCCCAUGCUAUCUGUAACGACACUCGCAAUGUACCUGAUGACCUGCUACUGCUCCUGAAAGAAAAUGGCGGGCUUAUCAUGGUAAACUUCUACAACAGAUUUGUAGCAUGCUCAAAAGAAGCAGACGUCUCUAUUUUGGCUGAUCAUUUUGAUCAUAUUAAGGAAGUGAUUGGAGCUGAAAGCAUUGGGAUUGGAGCAGACUUUGAUGGGGCAAAUGGAUUCCCUCAAGGCCUGGAGGAUGUAUCCAAAUAUCCAGCUCUAAUUGGGGAACUGAUGUCAAGGAACUGGAGUGAGGAAGAGUUGGCAGGAGUUUUAAGACUGAACUUCCUUCGAGUAUUCCAAGAGGUUGAAAAGGUGCGUGAUGAUAUGUCUAACACUUUACCCAGUGAAGUUGAAAUCCCAUUUUUGGAGGCAAACAACAGCUGUCGCGUGAUACUGACCCAUCCGGUCAUCAGUUCUGAGAGAAGCUAUCGAAACAGAAAUUCUCCUUUACUGCCUGCGACAGCUCUAGCCUGGUUCAUCUCAGGUUUUGUACAGUUAAUCUAAUUGUAGAGCAAUACAUCAACCAAGGACAGUGUACAAUCAAAUGUCUUAUUGCAGAUUGGCUUCAGACCAAGAGUUAAAUUGAGUGCUGAAUCUGAUACAUUUAUUCCUUUGAAGGUAUACAUUGUCAGGUAUGGAAGCAGUUCUUGAAAACUAAACUUGAGAUUUUUUUAAAUAUGGAUUUCUAGUAGACCAAUUUAAUUACUGUAGCUAAUGAAAAACAGAAAUGCCUUUUCUUUCAAUAAGCUUUUGAAUUAAACUUUUUAAGAGAAGUUUUUUUUUUUUUUUUUUAAAUAAGAACUCAAGUUGCCCAUUAGUUGAUUAAAUAAUAGUGUAACAGCAGUAUAGUAUUCUGUAUGUAUAUGGGACUGUGUGCGACUGUGUGUGCAUUCUGCAUGUGAUUGUGUGUGUGUGUGUCAUAGUCUAACCCAUUCAUCUCUCUCUCUCUCUCUCUCUCUCUCUCUCUCUCUCUCUCUCUCUGUGUGUGUGUGUAAGAGUGGGUGUGAAUCUUUUGCACUCUGGAUGUUUUAUAGCCUCACCCCUUCAUUUCUGUGUCUGUUCAUUCAGCAUUGGGGCUGUUAUAUAGAUUGUAUUCAACACAUAUAAAAAAAAACAAAAAAUACUCUGUUAGGAUCUUUCCCACUCAUUUCCUAUGGUUUAUUUUUAUUUGUUCAUCGAAUUAUUUUCUUUUUUUCUUUUUCAAAUUGCAUAUCUAAAUAAAGUCACCAAGUUUUGAACCACUCA